ACUGCAUACAAGUCAACUAACUGAAAAGCCAAAGCCUCUUGUAAGAAUAUUAAACUCGUAUUGUAUAUUCUAAUAGUUCCUCGUAAAAAUCAUUUCGACCAAAUUUCAUUAUGACGCAGAAACCUGUUCUCAUCUCCGGCGCCGGAUUGGCUUCGCUUCUCCUGGCGCGAUCUCUGCUGCUCUCAAAUAUUCCAUUUCAAGUCUUUGAGCGCGAUGCAUCAAUCUCUUUCCGUGGUCAGGGUUACCGCCUGCGUCUUUCUUCUGAGGGUCUAGAUGCAAUUGAAUCCGUCCUCGAUCCGCCAGCUUUUCAGCGCUUCUAUGACGUCUGUGGGAAAACAGGUGGGAGCGGAUUUGUGGGUUUCGACGCUGUCACAGGGGAGAUACUAGAGGAGAACCCAGGCGGCGAAACCCUUGGGUCGCGGGGUGGGAAGAUUGUGGGCAUUUCUAGGGGUGACAUGAGAAGACUGUUCAUGGAAGGGUGCGAGGACUUUGUACAAUUCAACAAGCACGUUAAAGGGUACGAAUUGACAGAUGGUGGCGUUCGCGCCAUCUUUGCCGAUGGGACGAAAUCGGUUGAAGGGGCCCUGCUCGUUGGGGGUGAUGGCAUCAAGUCGAUAGUCGCUAAGCAGGUGUCUGGCGGUCUGCUCAAAGUUUUCGACACGGGAGCAAGGGGAAUACAUGGACAAGCACCUACAACAGCAUUCAAAGGUCUAGGUGAAGGUGUGUUUCGACUCCUUGACCAGUCAAAACCUGGACGUGGGAUCUCUAUCAUCACAAACGUUCGUCCAGAUGAUAUGGGUGAUCCAAAUGUUGAAUUUGGAUGGACUUUGGCUUCCGUGCCUGGCGUCAUCAAGGCGCCGAAUGACGACUACACGACUGUUGGCAAGGUGGCAGCUGAUAUUGCUAAAUCGCUCACGAAUGACUGGCAUCCCCGCUUCAAGCCUUUAUUUGAUGACAUGAAUGAAUCAGAAGCGGCUUUCUGGAAGAUUACCUGUUCCACCCCCAGAGGCGUGCCAGAAUGGCCCAAUGUACCUCGAGUCACCGUUAUUGGAGACGCGGCACAUUCAAUGACACCAGCUGGUGGCAUUGGUGCCAACACGGCCGUGAGAGAUUCGGCUUUAUUGGGACGAUUGCUCCGCGAGGCUGGUGGUUACAAUGACGGUGUGACGGCGGCAUAUGAGAAAGAGAUGAGAGUAUACGCGAGCGAGGCUGUAAGAACAAGCUACGGCCUGGCAACAAAGCACUUCAAAGUCCAGAUCGACGAGUCAUCUCAAACGGUCUAGGCAAAAGGAAGAUAGAUGGAAACAUGUUGCCCUUUUUUUGCAUUAGAUAAAUUUAUGCUACUCAAUACAUUCCUUGCUUGCGCUUUUUUUAUCAUCCAAGUUCUGGUGAACGCGCACCCCUGACAAAACAAUACAGUCUAGGUGUCCCGCGCACGAGGUUCUAAACCAGGCAUAUUUUGACCUCGAAGAGAAAAAGUGGGAUAAAUGGCUACUUCUAAGGCUGGAGGGGCCAGAAUAAGG